AUGGGGGGAGGGGCUGCGAGCGGUCGCAUCAUCCACCCGCCCGGUCGGACACACGCGGUCCGCGGGCGGAGGCGGCCGUGGCGAAGCGGCCACGUGGGAAAGAAGAUCCAGUCGCGGGGUGCUCAUUUCGAGCUCCCCUGCGACCGGAAAAAACACACACAGAGUUCAUCUUUGGCGGUCCCAGAACUCAGGGAUCGAAGGAGGCAGAUGCAGUCGGCCUCCGGAAGCCCCCGAGUGGCGCACACAGACACCGCCAGACAUAAGGACAAAGGCAGAACAAAAAACAUAACAACGAGCAUACACAAAGUUGGGAGACGGACAGGGGGGACAAGGCCAAGGGGAUAG